AUGUGCUAUACUGAGUUCUCCAUUCUGGUCCAUCGUUCGGGCUCCUACUAUUCCUACAUCUACCUCAUGCUCGGUGAGCUGAUGGCCUUCAUGAUCGGUUGGACGAUGAUCUACUGCGACCCCAAUGAAUCCGUGCUGAAUUUACUUCCUUCAUGUUGCAAGCGCACUUUCAGUUCUUACGCCAGACCAGCCGGGCACGCAAAGCCCGGGUGCCAGGCCAACGAGGCUGAGUUACGCGUUCAGUGGGCGAAUUUCCCCAUCCAGGCAACCGCGAACGGUGUCGACUAUUGGGCCUGCGGUUCUGUCGUUAGCGUCGGCAACUCAAGGCUCUCUUCGCCGCCCGACCGCUGUGAUUGGACGAGCUCGCCCUCUGGUCACUACACCAUAUCGGUCGUUUUGACUCUUGCGGCUACUGUUGCGACUACUGUUGCGGCAAACCUGUUCGUCGCCAUAGGCAGCUUAUUUACCAAACUGAUGCCGUUGGCGCCGUGUAUCACGAUGCUCACGAACGGCAUUCUGAUCCUCAGUCUCUCCUGGGCCACCUGGGUUCGGUUUGCUGUCUGGUCUAUUCUUGGCCUCUUUAUCUAUUUUGGCUACGGAAUUUGGCACAGCACGGCAGAUCAGGACCCUAACAUAGACGAGCCUCUUCAUAUGUUGAAAAUGCCUGCCGAGGACAAAGCACUCUUUACUUCAAACAAGUCUGAUGAGAAGACGAUUGAUGGAGUCCCCUUCGCUGGGACUGACAUCAAAACAUCGACUACUUGA